AUGCAGUAUAAAUUAUCGAAAAUUACAGCAAUAUUAAUUCUCUUUGUAAUCCAACGUAUUCAAGCCGUCGAUUGGAUAGACUAUGAUCAAGCACCAUCAAAUAUCGAUCUUCUAUACGAUGAUGAUGCGGAUCAGUAUUUAAGUGCGCUGACACGUGACGACGAAAAAGAAAUUCAUAGUCCAAUCAUCACCGGUUAUAAAUAUGUAUCAGGCGGUGCAGGUGAAGGACGACAGCAUUUAAGUCCAAGUGGUGAAAUUCCUAAUCAUCCAGAAGUUAAAACCGACGAUGAAUUACCAUCAUUUUGCCAUCCACCAAAUCCUUGUCCGCUAGGUUUUGAAGACGAAGAUUGUGAUUCAUCACCAAUGGCAGCUUUCACAGCAGAGUACAGUCGUUUGUAUCAAUCGAAACAGAACUGUCAAUGUGACAAGGAUCAUGAUGCGUGUGGAAAUAAGAAUGGUUUCGAUCAACCAUCGACAAAAGCGUCUAAUGACAAUCUAAAACGAUCUAGACGUGUUGGUCGAAACGUACAUUCCGUGCCAAGAACAAAAACUACGUUGAAAAAUUCUUCAGAUCGUACUUCGCUACAUCAAAGUCAAACGUUACGAUUUCACAUUGCAAAAAAGUCGCCGACCGGUAUGAGUCUUUGA